CAACCUGAAAAUACAUUUAAUGCUGGUGACUGGUGCACUCAUUAAGAAAUUGGUUGGUGCAGAAAAGCACAGGGUUGAUGCUCUUAUUGCACAUCUUGCAAAAAUCUCAUUCACUUUUAUUAGCAAGAGUGUUCCUGUGGGCAGAACAUUUGUUUUACCAGAGUAUUAUGGAGACUUGGGAAUAUUUUGUUGUAUUUUGGUGUGAUCAGACCAAAAUACAGGGCAGUUUUCAAAAAACACAUACUUUCUGGUAAUGGAUUGAAAUGGCUAAAUGUAUUUAGAAUUUAAAACACAAUUGUACAGAGUUGAAAGUGGACUCAGUUUUUAUCCUGAACUAACAAUGCUCCCUAAUGAUAUGCUAGAAGAUCCAUCCCAACUAAGUAAACUGCCUGAAGCCACAAAGUAGCACACUUAUAUAAUGUGAAGACCUUAACCUCAAGCUGUAUAAACCACAAAAGGUUUAAAUCUGUCCUCAUUUCACUUAAGCCUUGAAGGGAUAUCUAAACAGGGAAUAAUGUUUUCUCUCUCGCAGUCAUGGCCUGAAACUGCAAGAGCUCUGCACAGGAAUAGGUUCAAGGUAGCUUUUGAGGUGAACAUUAUAAAUCUUGUAUGUGUUAGUCAGACUCAUUGGACUUUGUAUCAUCAUAUUUUCAUUUUGAUCAUCUUAGUUUGCCUGCAUUUGUUAACUAGUGAGGUUUGAUUCCAGGGAUAAGCAUAUGUAGUUUUACUUGGAAAGCCGCCUUUGGCACUGAGCAAGGGUGUUUAAUAGGUUCAAAAACACCAACUCUGUCCAAUGAGCAUGUGUUUGAGAGGAGGAUGAGAGUUGUGCACAAGCUCCUUAAUGCUCAUGCAAAAGGCCGGGCUGGGAGUCUUGAGCUUUGGGUGUACGGGGAAAACAGUUUCUUGCAGACAGCUGUUGGCUUCAGGGAGGGAGGGAUAAACCGGGUUCAGCAUCAUUUCAGAAAUCAGCCUGAAAUGUUGCUGAACAUUAGUCCUUGUCCACACUUGCAGCUAAACUGAGUCCGGCUGCAGCUGUUGUCAGCUACAGGUAAGUGUCUGGUGUAGACUGAAAUGUCUCUAUCUAGAGCAGAUGCAGCAAGGGUAGCUGAUACCUUCAGCAAGGGUGUGCCCAGCAGCUCCCUCCAGAUGUGUAGAAGGCCCAUUCUCCCCCAAAUCUUGGAUGAGACCAGUGGUGACUUGUGGUGCAGGUGCUAAAAACUGGAAUAAAACUCACUUUGCACAGUCCCAAGGGUUAGGUUGCACCUGGUAGUUGGGAGUCCUUGAGGUGCUCUGAUUUACCAUCCCUUUCUCUCCGCCUCAUGUGCAUUUUGCUGUAUAUCCUAGAAUAGGAAACUGCUCCUCUUCCAUGGCCUGCUAUCCCUGCACUGGUCUGCUUGUUACCUUCAUGUGGUUUACUGAGGGAUGAGAAACAGGACACUUCCUCAAAGCCGGCCCACUGCCACGCUCGGCACAGAAGGCUACAGAGUGAUCUUGCCUAACUUCAGCUACGGCUACCAUGGACGACUAUCUGAGAGACACAGACUAGGCUAAGAUAGAGAAGACCUAGAUUGUAACCCGCUCCAUGCCACUCCAGGCUAGCAGACAAUGCCUUGAAAGCAGGGGUUCUUCAGAAGUUCUGCAGCUUGAGGUUGCUUCUCAGUGCACCCGCCUGAAGCCAUCCCUCCCCUCCUGAAUACGCAGCUGGUCAAAUGUAUUAUGCUAGAGAAGAAGGUAAUCAGAGUUGUUCUUUAGUAGGAUCCCCUCUUGCUUCUGAUGCCCUGGCAUCUAGCAGCAGGCUCGUUACCAGAUAGCUGUGACACAUGCACGUGCAUUAUCCAGGAAAUGGUGCUUCCAACUUGGCCUCCUCACCAGGUGGGACUGCUUUGGUGCCCUCACAUGUUGCCUUUUUGCUUCCUGAAUGCCACUGGAAAUGUUCAAGGGCAGGAGUUGAAGUUCUGAAUCCUAUCCCCCACCGUUACCGAGGCCACCUUCCCAGUCAAUCCUCAGGUUUGAGUGUAGCUGAAACGGUGAGUACUAGAUGGGAGAAGCAACGCUUUGAGAGGGAUUUUCUUCCGGAGAUGCCCUUGGUGGAGAAAGCAAACGCUGUUCUCUGAUUGCAUCUACGAUGGGUGUAGGAGCUCCCGCCACAUGACCGCCCCACCAGCACAGGGAGACUUGUGAAGUGCUACCAAACAAUCCUGUUACAGGCUGAUUCAUCCCAAUUUCCCAACUGCUGACGUUAAAGGCAGCAGGGAACAGGAUGGGAUGAAUUUUUCCUACCCCACCUGUAAAUGCUGCACGAGUCCAGACAUCAUUGUCUUGAAAGGAGAGAACAAACACUGCCGAUUCAUUUAACGUUCCUUCUCUCUCCAGUCGAACGCUCCCUGCAGUGACGGUUAUUUUCCAAACCCAUCUGUUUUUUUACCUGCUCCAGACUUUCCCAGCAGGCAAAUUGUCACCUGGGGCCUCCGUGGUGCCAGAGGCUGCGUAUUUGGGGGAAAAAAUGCAAACACCCAGCCAUAAGUGAUGGUCCAGCUUCCUUGUUUUGAAAACUGAAGUAGCUUUGAGUGAAACAGUAAGUACAUCUGGAUCUCUGCAACAGUGGAAGCAUUUGUCUGCCAUGUGAUUACCAGGAUGCAGAUACUCUUGAUUCAGAUCCUGGGAGUCUGGUCAAAAGCAUAUCUGUUCCUCUGUUUACACCAUGAUAUGGAUGUAAACCAACACAAAGCCAAGUACAUUCCUCCCCCCUCCCCCUCCCCACCCCCAAGUCUUUAUUUUGUAAAGCCAAAAUUACAGGAUUUGGAGCAAGCAUGGCUUUUCUUAAUUAGCUAUCAAAAUAAAGUGCCAGGCAAACGCUGCUAACUAGUCCUGUUGUUCUCCAGCCCUGGCUGAGUACAGGAAAUGUUUUCGGUGAUGACGUACGCUGGCCUAUUGUGCAGACACAGAGGCUCAUCGAAUCUCAGCCAUGGUGAAAGGUAUUCUGCGAAGGAGCUCUGCCUUGUGUCCUGACCCUCGGGGGGAGGACAAGGCUGCCGAUGAGCCCAUCUGCCUUGCUGCUGUUGCAUGUCUCGUGGCAGGGAGGGGACAUGGUUUGUGGGAACACUGUCUUCAGGGCUUUCCUCAUCCCUGGCAGGGCUCUCAGCCGUGCCUGUUGCGGUUGCCUUCAAAGGUCCCGUCCAGCUCAGGAGAGCUGUUAGGCUAUUGGGUGUGUCAGGACUUGAAACCGUUUUUGGCAGCUUUUCAUCUCUUUGUUGCAGUCAGUGUCCUCCCCGCAGUCCACAGCUCCUCUGCCAGAUCCCAGUCUCUCCAGCUCAUCUGCAGCUCUCCCACGUGGGGUGAGGCUGCUCGGCUUUUUGUCACCCUCGCUUCAGCCUCUGCUUCUGCUUCUCUUGCUUGCCCUGCUGCACCACCAUUGGCAACGACUGAGUGGCUGCUGAUCCUUGGGUCUCUCGUGAGCGGUCUGGGAUCCAAAGAGUUAUACAUUGCAUAAACAACACGAGUAAAAACACCAUGCAGGGGGUUAGCCCGGCCCUUAGAAGCAUGCCCUCUACCCUUAGGUUUGUGUUUGAUUGUGUGUCACCUGGCUCGCGUCACCGGACCCCAGUUGGCUUUCCUGCCUGCACCCGAUGAUCUUUGGAGGUCCCUUCCGGCCUUACAAUCUAUGAAGCAGUCCUGCAUCUGCAUACGUUGGUGCACAUAGCAUUGUUGCUGUCUCUUCAGCGAGGCUGAGGUGGUGCAUAUUACCUCUGUCCUGUAAAAUCACAGUUCCUCCUGCUUGUAUGGAUAGUCUGCUUGGUACAGGACUAGUAGAGGAGCCCAGGAUCACUGCUGCCUGGCACAUGAUCCGCAGGCACUACAAAGGUGCUCUCAGGUGAGCAAAGGAGGAAGAUGGGCCACACCUGAAAAACCAGACAUCUGCCCAUCAGGAGGAAAUCUCUAAAGCAGUCCCUUGCUGUGCAGUGGGGGUUUAUGCCGUCAGUGCCUCUGCAGGUGAAUUGUGGCUCUGUCAUGAAUGUCACUAUGGAGGUGGAGGGGUUGCUAAGGAACGAGCCCGUGGAUGACAACUGAAUGGGGCUAGGAAGUGAUCUUGAAACAAAGGAUUCUCCUGUGAACCAGGGGAGGACCGAGCCCUGGCUUGCAGAGGACUGGAUGCAAUAAGCAGAAAGCAUCUGAGGGCAGACAUUUCUGCCCAUCCCUCAGUAAUCAGCACAGGCCCUGGGAUACCUGCCUUUAUUGUACCAUUACUACAGCUCGCACUAAUGCAAACUGCAUUCAUGCUUGCAAUAUAUGACCCAGGCUGCUGCUUUAAAAGCAAGAUCAAAUAUUUCUUUCUCCUGUCUUUCCCUCCUUCACAAGAAUCAAGGCUGCAUGCUGUUCAGAGGAGUAUGUCUCGGUCUGUCCAGAGCUCCUGGGUGCCACCUUAGCACCCAGGCCCGUGAAGGUGGUGUUUUCUCCAUACUCAAGCAGCUAGGAUCUGGUACACCGUUUUGUAAGCUUCUGUGAACUGUAACAUUGAAGACUGCAGUCCUGUCAGUUGUCACGAGCUCAGUUGCUUAGUCUGUACUCAAAUGGCUCAAUGCUUUGGGAAGUACUACUGAUUAUUCCUCAAUCAGUACUCUUAGGGAUGCCCUACUGAGAGAUGCUACCUUUGCAAUGGUAGUGUCUUGGCUUAAAUGACUGUUGCCAAUUAGACUCCCUUUUGCAAGAGUAGAAAGUGCGAGUGCCGCUGUCCCAGCAAAACCCCCUGCACAUAAUGACAAUGUGUCUCUAUAGAACUGCAAUGGGGGUGCUCCCUUCAUAGCUCGCAUGGCUGCAGUGGCUUGCUGGGCCUGUCAAGAGGCAGCUGCUUUACAUUAAAGGGGCCGGAUGGCUGAAGUGCCAUCUGUCUUUGAAGCAGAGCCCAGAACAGCACCACAGCUAUUCAACCAUGUGUGGCAAAACCAUGCAACUGUGCAGGAGAGGAAGUGUGCUGACGUUAAGCUGUAGAGGAAAACUCAGGGGCCAUCAUAUCAAUGCAGAAAUGGCAUUCAAAGAGACCCUGCAAUCAUAUACUGUUUUGCAUGGAAAAUACUGCAUGGUCUUGAAUGAUUACAGGUGUGUCGUGGAUCCUGCCUGAUCUUGAAUGAUUACAGGUGUGUCGGGGGCCUGUGGAUAAGUCUUAUAACUUAAGAUAAGUUUUAUAGCUUGUUCAAAAGAUGUGACCUCUGGCAUAUACCCCAAGCAUAUUGCUUCAGUACAGACUGGAAGGAGAGGGCACUACUAGCACUAUCUGCAUGGUAACUUCCACCAAAGUAUUGACGGCAACUGAGCUCAUCCCAGGUUAGUUUAGAUCUGGCAGACUCCUAAAAUAGUUGGAUGACUGACCGCCUCCCAGCAUUUGCUUGUCGACAUCAAAUUGGCUGGAUUGGAGAAGGUGAAAUAAGCAGUCUUGUUGGGGGGGGUUUCUCAUAUAAAGCACAAGACAUGCUUCACCUGAAUAGAGCCUUCCCUCUGCAUGUUUCUAGGCCCUUCACAGAACAGUAAGUAAGCCUUGUAGGAAUAGCAGGCAGAUUUAUUUGCCCCCCCUCUUCUCUAUCGACAGGGCCAGGGAAAUGGAGAGAGGCUGAGGGAAUUGCCUGGGUUCAUAUGCAUGCAAUGAAUUGGCAAAGAGCUGGGAUGAACACAUCAAGCCCCUGUUUCCAAGUCCCAGGCUCUAGCUAUUUAGCCUGCUCUCUGUCUCUGGGCAGCGCAAGGACUUUCGGGGCUAGGCUGUACCCAGAACCCCCACCCCUGCCCCAGCUGGAGCCGUAGCAGUGGGUGCAGCUGAUCCACAGUCUGUAACUGCCUUGUUCCACCGCUGGGCUUGCUAAGUAUGAACGAGGAACCUGGGAGCCCCCAGAAUCAGAAACUUAGCAAGCAGCGCGUCCAACUGGGGCAGAAGCACAAAAAGAAGCGCCAGGAGCCCCUGGCAGAAGCCAAGCCGAAGAAACCCAAAGCAAAGAAGUCCGGGGAUCAGAGUCCUGUGAAGGAGCCCAGCGCCCCUGCCCAGAGUGUCAAAAAACUGAAAAAGAAGAAGGAAGAGAAGCCAGAGGAGGGGGGUGAGAAGGAUCUGUACUCCAAAUUCAUCAAGGACCCCAGGAAGAAGAAGGAAAGUCCUUUGGCCAACUUCAGCGCAUCCAAAACUUCCAAAAAGAAGCAGGAGGACUCUGAGGAGGACGAGGAGGACGAGGAGGCUGAGAAUGAAGACCCACCAAAAAAGCCGAAAAAGAAGCCCCCCAAACCCUCCAAAGAAGCUUCUGCUGGAGAAAGCAAGGAGAAAAAAGCCAAGCUUAAAGGAGACAAGAGUGAGCCAGAUGCCAAGAGCAAAACUGCAAAGACCACAAAGAAGGAGCCAACUUCCAUGUUCCAAGUCAGCGGGGACAAGAAGGAGAAAAAAAGCAAGAAGAAAGCUCCAGCUGAGAGCGAUGCCGAAGAUGACUCUGAUGCCAGCACCAAGCCGAUCAAAUCUGACAAGAAAAAGAACACAGCAUCCAUGUUCCAGGCUGGGGGCGACGGCUCCAAGGAGAAGAAAACCAAGAAGAAAGCUCCUCCCAAAGGUGCCGAGGAGGAAAGCGAGGAGGAGGCCCCCGAAACUACCCAGAAGAACUCCAAUAAGAAAGGGAAAGGGAAGAAGUCCAAGAAGAAGGAAGAGAGACCUCCUUCCCCUGUCAUCGAAGUGGACAACCUGGAGGAGUUCGUGUUGCAGCCGGCCCCUCAGGGGGUGACCAUCAAGUGCCGGGUGACGCGAGACAAGAAGGGAAUGGAUCGGGGCCUCUACCCAACCUAUUACGUCCACCUGGACAAUGAGAAAAAGGUGUUCCUGCUGGCUGGCCGGAAGCGGAAAAAGAGCAAGACCUCCAACUACCUGAUUUCCAUUGACCCCACGGAUCUGUCACGCGGCGGGGAGAACUUCAUUGGGAAGCUGAGAUCAAAUUUAAUGGGGACCAAGUUUACGGUGUUCGAUAAUGGCGCAAAUCCCGACAGAGCAAAUGCUGAUUGGUCGAAUGUGCGGCAGGAGAUGGCAGCUGUUAUUUAUGAGACCAAUGUUUUAGGGUUCAAAGGACCCCGAAAGAUGACGGUGAUCAUCCCUGGAAUGAAUUCGGACAACGAAAGGGUGCCCAUCCGGCCUCGAAACGAUAACGACGGGCUGCUUAUGAGAUGGCAGAACAAGAACAUGGACAACCUGAUUGAGCUGCACAACAAGGCCCCUGUGUGGAAUGAUGAGACCCAGUCAUAUGUGCUGAACUUCCACGGCAGGGUCACGCAUGCCUCCGUCAAGAACUUCCAGAUCGUGCACAGCAACGACCUUGACUACAUUGUGAUGCAGUUUGGCCGUGUGGCCGAUGAUGCUUUCACCAUGGACUACAACUACCCGAUGUGUGCUGUGCAGGCUUUUGCUAUUGCCCUGUCCAGCUUUGAUGGGAAGCUGGCCUGUGAAUAGCAAACUGGUGACCCCUUCAGACUUUUGCUGGACUGAGUCUAAGCCAGUGAGAGAAGCAGCACUGCCAUCUGGACUCACUGAGCUAGGGAGGAGUUUGCCUGCCAGAAGGGGAUUUCUGCUGACAGUCGAGACCCUUUAUUUCCAUGUGGAUGUGAGUAACAGCAGGGUUGUUGUUACCAUCACAUGGGUACAGCCAGAGAUUGCUGAUGGAGACCUUGCAUUAACUGCAAAUAUAUAUCCACUGAUUAGGGGUUAGCAGGUCAGAUUUUAUACAGUCACCUUUCCCUCCUCCUCAGCUUCUGCCCUUACAAAAGAGAUGGCCCCAAGCAUUGCAGUGAUUCUGUUUUAAGCUCUCGUGGGUUGAAUCAUUGCUGCAGAAUACCACAGUACAUUUUAUACUCCAUCUUCUGUUCCUAAGUUCAGAACUGGCUACUUGUUCCAGUCCAUAAAGCAGAGUUUUUAAACUAGCCGAUGAGAUGGACUGUUCCCUUCAUCUCAACCCUUUGAGACAUUUCUCGGAAGCACUUUCGGUCUUUUUAGAGUCCAUUUUGUAUUUUGUAGCACACCAUUUACAUUAAAAAAGUGAGUGGUUUGUCCUCCUGUGUUGGAUCAGCUAAUAAAGGAUCAGCUGUGGGCACAAGUAUCUGUUCACUGUGCAGUUCAGAUCCAUGACAAAUCUACCUGGAAAAUGAAAGGAACAGGCAGCAUCAGCUUUGAAUUAAAGAUUUUUUUCUUAAAACAGUAAGUGGAUGUAGAGCUGGUGAAUGGGGCCUGGGCAGCAGUGCUUAUGAGGUCCCUAGAAUAGGUACAGCAAGGGCAAUGGAAGGGCCAGGUUUCCUUGCAUGCCCUUCCCAGCCAGCACAACUUCUACCUGUGCUUGGUGGGCAGCAGGACAUCUCCAUGCAGCAGAUGUGUUGGAUUCCUGGAGAUCAGUGCCCUGGCUUGUACCUGUGUAGAGGACUCUUCUGGUUCAUAGGGGGUGACAGUCUGGUACAACUGCUUGAAAGAGCUGCCUGGCACAUAGUGAAGGGCUUUGUAGGAGUAGAGAUAGAUGCCAUUUGGAGCUUGUGCUGUUCAGUGUCCCCAAGGACUUGUUGAGGAGUGGUCCAGCCUGCUUUCUUCUGACACCCAGGGCCCAAUUCUCCAUUGCCAACCAUUUACAGAGGUGCAAA